AUGCGAUUCUCACCUCUAAACGAAUUUCCUACAAGCCGGGCGACGACGCCCGCGAGCGGCUCCACGACCUCGAAGCUCGGAUUUUGCACCACGGCCAUAUCACAGAAGUCGGCCGACCCUCAAGACCCAAAGGUCGCGCGCGAACCAACAUGGCAGGAAAGGCUUUGGGGCAGCUCAGCGAGGAAGGGCGCUAAACCCCUCAAGCCGGACGACCUUCCGUCACACGAUGAUUUCGAGCAUGGGUCCAUGUUUACCAACCGGAGGAUGAUGGCAGCCAAGGCGGCCCUAGAGCCAAGGCUGCGAUGCACCGAGGUGGACGAGAAUGGCAAGGUGAUUCUGGUUGAUGGCGAGUUCAAGAAGACGGAACUCAUUGCCAAGUAUGGGCUGCUGCCUCGAGACUUGCGCAAAAUUGAUUCGUCGAACCUGCCGCACAUCCUCAUCCGACCGUCGGCGAUCCUGUUGAACUUGCUGCAUCUCAAGGUCCUGAUCAAGCAUGACCGAGUACUGCUUUUCGACGUCUACGGAUCGAAAACCUCAUACCCACAGUCCGCCUUCAUGUACGAUCUGCAGGGCAAGUUGCAGCAAAAGCCCUCUCAGGGAUCCAACGGUCUUCCCUACGAGUUCAGGGCCCUCGAAGCCGUCCUGACGUCGGUGACAUCUGAGAUGGAAGCCGACUUCGAAGCUGUACGGGAGCCGGUCAUGCACAUUCUCAGCGAACUGGAAGACGACAUAGACCGAGAGAAGCUGCGCAUCCUUCUCAUCUUGUCGAAACGCGUGAGCACCUUUGAGCAAAAGGCAAAGCUCGUGCGAGAUGCUCUCGAGGAGCUCCUCGAGGCGGAUGAUGACCUGGCCGCAAUGUACCUGUCCGAGAAGCAACAUGAUCUUUACAGAGGCUUGGACGACCACACAGAAAUAGAGAUGUUGCUCGAGUCAUACAACAAGCUCACGGAUGAAAUCGUCCAAGAGGCCGGAAACCUGGUGUCUGGUAUCCGAAACACAGAGGAAAUCGUGCGGGCCAUUCUCGAUGCCAACCGAAACGCGCUCAUGCUGCUGGACCUUAAGUUCAGCGUAGGGACACUUGGGCUGGCCAUGGGCACAUUCCUCGCCGGCCUGUACGGCAUGAACCUCGAGAACUUCAUCGAGGAAACAAACUGGGGCUUUGGCGCGGUGACGGGAGUUUCGUCCAUCUUCUCCCUCAUCGUCUGCUGGUAUGGCCUGGUCAAGCUGCGCAAGGUCCAGCGCAUCAAGAUGAUGAGCGGCGAGCGGCCGUCGAUGCCGCGCGGGCUGUCCUACCGCGAAGACGGCGCCCUGGGCCUGUUGGACUCGCGGAACAAGGAGAUGCUUCGACGCGCUCACUUGCAGCGAGCCAUGGCAACGAAGAAGCGGUGGCUGCCAUUUUGGGGGUGA